AUGUGUUUUUUUAGAAGGAGAGAUCUUCCAAAUUCUCUUAUUGUUUUAGCGGAUAAACAUCAAAUGAAUUCCACAAAUGCCGAUGAUACACCCAUUUCUGCCAAGUUGAAAAAAAUUUUAAUAAAAGCACCUUAUCCGAUGACGGAAGAUGUUGAGUGCAAUGAAAUGCACGAAGUGAGAGAAGAAGGAGAAAUAAAAGAUAAAGAAAACAGUCUCAAUUGGAAACAAAGGCAUCAACUCAAACAUAGAGAAUUGUUUUUAUCAAGACAAGUGGAAACCUUGCCGGCGACGCACAUAAGAGGAAAAUGUUCGGUGACGUUGUUGAAUGAAACUGAAUCUGUACUUAGUUACCUUAAUAAGGACGACACAUUUUUCUACUGCUUAGUAUUUGAUCCGGCUCAAAAAACUCUUCUUGCCGACAAGGGAGAAAUAAGAGUCGGGAAUAGAUAUCAAGCUGAACCCAUGCCGCUACUUAGAGAAGGUGAACCCGAUAGUAGAAAUUGUGAAGAUCUCGAAACUCUAGUAUGGACGCCUGGCCAUCAAUUAACGGAUAGACAAAUAGAUCAAUUUUUAGUCAUAUCUAGGUCGGUGGGAACUUUUGCCAGAGCUUUAGACUGUUCAAGUUCUGUGAAACAACCGAGUUUACAUAUGAGCGCGGCCGCUGCAUCACGGGAUGUAACAUUGUUUCAUGCAAUGGACACACUUCACAAUCACGGUUAUAACCUGUCAGAAGCUAUAAGCAGAUUAGUUCCUUCCUCGGGUCCUGUGCUAUGUCGAGACGAAAUGGAAGAAUGGUCUGCAUCCGAGGCGAAUUUAUUCGAAGAAGCUCUAGAAAAAUACGUUAUGAACAAUAGCAAAGGAGUAUUAAAUGGAAAUAAUCAUGGAGACGGUCUUAUCUGUGGAAAAUCUUGUGAAUCUUGUCAAGGUACAAGUUCGAGUCAGUGGUACGCUUGGGGAUCUUCACACACCCAAUAUAAACUUUGUCAUUCUUGCUGGAUAUAUUGGAAAAAAUAUGGCGGUCUUAAGAAUCCGUCUAGACUGAACGAAAGUGAAAGUGAUCUAAAGAAAAAAUCUGGUAGCAUAUCAGAUGAAGAAAAAAUUCCAUCCAGUAUUGCAUCGCAUCGUCCUCAUCGGUGCACCGUAAACAAUUGUGGAAAAGAAUUUAAACUCAAAGCUCAUUUGGCGAGGCAUUAUGCGACGGCUCACGGUGUCGUUAUAAGAUCGGGAUCUCCCAGGCCCAUUAUGAAAACGAGGACGGCAUUUUAUUUACACACGACUCCUUUGACGCGACUGUCGAGACGACUUUGUAGGCACAUAAUGCAACCCAGACACGCGGCAAGGUCUCCAUUUUGGCCCAUUAACGUUCCUGCCAUAAAACAAGAAUGUCAAACACAAAUGAGCGGGAAAUCACCAUUAGAAUUAAAAGAACUUUUGAAAUUUCGUAAAAAAGACAGAGGAGGAGUGACGCAAAUUGCAAACAGAUUGGGGGAUCCGGAUGUCGUACCCGAGUGGCUUUUGCCAACGGAUAAAAAUCUUAUACCUAAAUCAUUGUGCAUUAUGUUCCCGAAACCUCCGAAAGGCCCAGAUGGAAGUUUAUUGUACGAAAGAGUUCCGAAUAAACCGGAAGCGGAAAAAACACCCCUCAAUAGUAUUUCACCAUGUUUGAAACGUCGAGCGUAUGAUGAAAAUGGAUUGGAAGGUUUAGUGGUUCCUCAACCUGGACCUCCGGCAAAACGUCCCAAUAAAGAAGUUGCCGCCAUAAGAGCUGCCGCCGCCGUUGCUGCCGCUGUCGCGACCGAAUCACCGAACGUGACAUCAAUACAGGGUGGGGUUCCCCGAACGGUCGUUAAUCAAUUAAACGGUCAAUCAAGGCCCAAAGUGGCUACGAUGACGCGUACGGGUACGGGUCGAAAGGGUGUCAUCUCGUGGAUGGAUGCACCCGAUGAUGUUUAUUUUAGAUCGACAGUCAAUUCGAGGAAAAUGAGAAGGCAACUUUCAGCGCAAGAACUUCGUCGUGCAUCACGGAAACCCUGGAGAAAAAUAUCGAUCAAAGGUGGUCCCGAAGAUCUUGUCGUUUUGGGCUGA